GCUGUCAGGCGUCACACCAGUUUAUAAUAAGGACCCAAAAAAGUUGUCGAGUGAACAGCAGUGAAUGAGAAAAAAAAAACGGAACUCUUCCCACUCUCCAGAAAUCACGGGGAGUGACUGUGACAGGAGGAAGGGGACAGAAAGAGGGAGAGAGAGAAAGCGAGAGAAAGAGAGAGAGCUGAAGUCCUCUCAGGACUUCAUCACGUUUCUUUCAGGACUGCACAGAUCGGAUUAGACCACUAAACUGGACUGAUAAUUAUUAUCUGUGAGCGGAGUCAGGACCGCGCGGGAGACUCUUGGAGCAUGCAGUUCGGUUUACUGUUCAGGCUCUAUGUGCUGUGGAGCUUUGUGGUGGUCACGACCUCUGUGACCAAGACUGCCAAGAGGAAGGCGGCAGGUCGAAGGGCCAGACAGGUGUUUGAUGUGGAGCCUGCGGCUGGUGUGUGGUCAUCGUGGGGAGAGUGGUCAGAAUGCUCUCAAACGUGCGGCGUGGGCGUUUCACAGAGGAGCAGGAAGUGUUUACCUCCACCUCCCCCACAGGCUCCUCCCUUAUCCCACUCGCCACCUAAUUGGGCGGGUUAUCUGCCUGGGAGUAUCGGAGGUCCUGUUGUCUCACCUGGGCGCCCCUAUUAUCCUCCUCGUUACCCUGGGCAGCACAACCUUCCUUAUCGCUCUUCAUCAGUCUCCACUAAUCGAAACCCAGGAUUGCCUCUGUAUCGGGACACGCCCGCUGAAGGAGGAGGGCCUUCUGUACCAGUACAGACCAAUCGAUCCCCUCCUUUUUACCAGCCAGAGUUCUCCCCAAACAAUCAGGAUCUUGUGCCUCCUGUUUUCCGAUCGCCCUACCGUGCACCAUCACGUGGCUACAACCAGCCAGCACGGAUCAUCAGGAGACCAGCCAAUCCAGGAGCAGUAAGAGCUGGAGGAGGGGGAAACCGAAGGUCGGUCUCCACCAGUCAGGAGGGUUUACCUACAAGAAGAUCUUCCGGCAUCCGUCCAGGUCAGUUUGGAUACGGCAGGGUUCCCUUCUCUCUGCCUUUGCAUCGUCCCAACCGCCAAGCUCGCCACACUGUGAACGGUACUGAAGAUGCAACAGUAGCACCCGGACAGACUGCUCCUGAGGACAGUACUGAGAGUAACAGAAGAGAGGACGAGGAGGUGGGGAGGGAUGACAGGGAGGAGGAGGGGAAUGCAGAGCAGGAGAUCUCUGAGACACCUGCUGCUGAGGAGGCGCCCACAGCGCCCACCGCUCGCCCUCUGCUACGACCCUCACACACCCGUACAGAGCAUGAGAGGGGCAGAGAGCGAGUCCCACCCUCUCGUUCCGUCUCACGCUCCUCGUUACCAUCUGUCUUCAGUAACCGCCAACGGUUUGACUGGAGCUCCAUCACCGCACCACCUCCACCCAUCUCGCCGCUGUCCCACCCACACUACCCUGCAGUUGCUUCACCUUUUUCCCCUCCUCUCCACCGCAGCAGCCCUGUGCAUAGAGACAGGGAGCUACACCCUGGCUUCGGUCCCCAAAUUCCAUCUGCCGGCAACAUCUACCCCUUACAGCACUCGCACAUCUCGAACAUCGGAGUGGAGUCAGUCAGAGAGGGUGGAGCUCCUCGCAUGUACACAUGUGCAGGGCCAGAGAAGGAGUACCGCAGGUGCUUCUCACAGGUGUGCAGAGGAGGUGCAUUGGACUCCAGGGCAGAGCAGUGUGCAGCCUUUAACACCCAGGAGUUCAUGGGUCGACUGUACAACUGGGAACCUUUCACUGAGGUUGGUGCAGACAAGCAGUGCGAGCUGACCUGCAGACCUGCUGGUUAUCGUUUCUACGUCCGUCAGGCAGAGCGUGUCAGAGAUGGGACCCCCUGCUUCAAUGUUAGCACCAAUGAUGUGUGUGUAGAAGGACAAUGUCUGACUGAGGGCUGUGACGGGGCACUGGGCUCUAGCUCUGUGAUUGACAAAUGUGGAGUGUGUGGUGGGCGGGAAACCUCCUGCCGAAAGGUGACGGGAAGCUUCCAGAAUGUCACGGUUCCUCUUGGUUACCACAAGAUCCUGGACAUCCCACCCGGAGCCACAUUCAUCAACAUCACGGAGAGACGAGCAAGCCCUAACUACCUGGCCAUGAGGAGUGGAACAGGAGCUUCAGUGGUGAACGGACGUUGGGCUGUGGACCCUCCAGGGGAGUAUCCUGCAGGGGGCACUACCUUCACCUACACCAGACCUAGAGCACAGGCAGAGGGGGAGGAGGCAAAGGGCGAAUCCCUCUGGGCACCAGGACCCACAUCAACACAGCUACAGCUAUAUAUAAUCUUUCACAAGGAGAACCCGGGCAUUGACUAUGAGUAUUACAUCCCAGUUGAAAAGAAAGAGGGAGAGCCAGAGAAACUAAUGGAGAGAGAGAGGGAGACGCCCAGAGAGGCACCCAGGGAGAGACCAAGGGAGCGAGAGCCAGCGAGGGCACCCCUUCGCAGUCCUCUCACUGUGUCAGUUGAAGACCCUGUUCCUGCUCCUCCUCCCAAUUCAGUCCAUUCUUACCCCUCCUCCUCGUCCUCCUCCUCUGUGUUUUCUCUCCCAUCAUUGAACCAGUGGACACCUGAGAGGUCACGCCCACGAGGAUCUGCGCCCAAUAGGAAUGCUCGGAUCCCCCCUCGAACUGACCUCCCACUGGACACCCAGCCACCAUUUGUGUGGAGGAGAGGCGGCCUCAGCGAGUGUUCUGCAUCCUGUGGCAAAGGUACUCAGUACAGACCCAUUAUAUGCAUAAGCCGCCAUACAGACGAGGAGGUCCCAGAGAGCAAGUGUGACUCUGCAGCCAAGCCUGUUCCUGAGGAGGAGCCUUGUAACACACACCCCUGUCCACCAUUCUGGGAGGCUAGUCCGUGGUCAGAGUGCAGUGUAUCCUGCGGCCCUGGUGUACAGCAGAGGCAGCUUCAAUGCAGGCAGAGCUUUGGAGACCGCUCCACCAUGGUCCACCCCCAGCGCUGCGCUGACCUCCCUCAGCCAGUGUUGACACAGGCCUGCCAGCUCCACCUCUGCUCCCACUGGGAGGUCAGCUCUGAUUGGAGCCAGUGCUCAGUGGACUGCGGAGUAGGGAGGAGGACAAGGAGCGUGCGCUGUGUCAGUGAUCAAGGCGACGUGGUGAACGACAAGGAGUGCAACUCCAGGGCACGUCCACAGGGGAGUGAGGAGUGCAACAUGGGCCCCUGUGUGACCAACUGGUACUUUACAGAUUGGUCCAAGACUUGUUCAGCACAGUGUGGCCCUGGGGUGCAAAAGAGAGAAGUGGUGUGUCUCACCAGAGGAGGAGUGAGAGAGGGUGGAGGAGGAGGGGACUGUGUUGGGGACAAACCAGCAGAGAUGAAGGCAUGUAAUGGGGGUCCCUGUGUGCCAAUAACUAUGUGGUACAGCAGCCCCUGGACACAGUGUAACGUCCCGUGUGGGAAUGGAACUCAGCGGCGCGACAUCAUUUGCGUCCAGAAGAUGGGAAAUGAUUUUACUGUUGUACCAGCUGCUGAAUGUGCUCACCUGGACAAGCCUGCAGCAGUCCAGGAGUGUGAGAUGGAAGCGUGUCUGCCACAGUGGUUCACCACAGAGUGGAGUGCGUGCUCACGGUCUUGUGGAAAGGGCUUACAGAUGAGAGAAGUUCGAUGUCUAACACCAGAGAAGAAGCACAGCCAUGAAUGUGACUCCAACACCAAGCCAAUCCAGGAACAAAUCUGCAACACGAUACCCUGCAGCCCACAGGUCCCAGAUGAAAAUUGUCGAGACGUACGUCAGCAAUGUGAGUUGGUGGUGCAGGCCAGACUGUGCGUCUAUGCCUACUACAAGAAAGCCUGCUGUGCCUCCUGUGCCCAGAGUGCCCAGCGUGCCAAGAGGCACUGACCAGCCAAUCACAGACAGCCCAUAUGCGAAAGUAGUGGCGGAUUAGGUUAAAAGGGCUGGUCAGCCCAGAAAUUACAAGUCUGUAGAAAUGAGCAGCCCAGAGUAGACGUGAUAGUGUCCAGAUAACUUUUAGCUAUUUUGUCCCUAAAUCUUAAAACACUGUGAAAGCAGCCAGUUCCUCUUACCAUUACCUGUCGCGUAAACCUGCACCUUCCUCUGAGCUUGCUUCAAUUUACUUUGUGCAUUAGCGAUGCAGUUUGUUACACAUAGUUUGAUGGUGAAUUUGCUGUCAUUAUUUUCACUCUUGGAGGCACAUUUCUGUGACUUAUAGGUUGUAAUAAAAGGAGGACACAGCUGUGUUUCAACAGCAAAUUUAACAAUUUUAAGAUUCCUCCUAAUCUAUGGGAUCUUAAAGCAGAUGUAAUCAGACAUGCAUGCCACUAAUUAUGUGUUAAACAAAUGAUUACCGUGUGUGCUAGAUAAGCUGUUUACUGUAGUGAUGUGUGUGCUGAAGAUCUACUGGAAUAGAUCUAUCAACAAGUGCCCCACUGAGCUACAGUGGAAAACACCCCAGCCAGGCUUUUUUUUUUUCUUUUUGCCAAAAAUAUUUCCUCAAGUGUCUUCUUAUUUCUCAGUAUUUGGGCAGAUUAACCAAAGGAGUGGGGUGGGCAUGAGAGUUAGUGACCAAAUAUAACUGGGUGGGAAAACGGAAAUGAGAUUCUUCCCAGACAAGAAGGUUAGCUGACACGGGGCAGACACAACAUAAAGGUUGCCAUAAAGAAAGGUUUGUUUAAAUUCCCACCUAGCUGUAAAGAUUUGUAGUUGCAGUUUUUUUUUUUUCACUGAACUAAAAAUGAUGCCAGUUACUAAAUAAGUUACAUGAUUUUUUUUUAUAGAUGUAUAUAAAAGAAAGAAGUGACAGGACAGUUAUUGCUGUAUACUUUAGUUCUUGCUAUCAGAUUCAAUGAAAAGACCAAAUGCACAGCAUAUUAUUAGUUUCAGUUCCCAACUGUGCAUUUGGCAUACUCAUGAUGUAAACCCUUAAAAUAAUUUAUUCACCACUAAAGUAUAAACAGCAAGGCAUUACUCAAACAAGAUAAAUACAUGUUUGUGAUCAUUCUAAGCAGUAGGAGAGUAUAUGAAGGACUAGCUAAAUAAAUGAUUUCAAAAGAUUACGGUGCAUGGGUUUGUUAUGAGUAAUGUUAGUAAUAAUAGGGGACCUAGACUAGCUUUGCAUGAUUAACAGUUCAAAGUUAUUUGGAUUUAUCUUCCAGCUACAGCCUCUCAGUUCAGUCUCUGACUGAAACAAGCUGGCUUAACUCCACCCUCCCUUUAAGCCAACUUUCUUCUGAUUGGCUGCCCUCUGCAAACAUAAGACUUGAACAGCAGGUGGGUGGGACUUCUGUCCCCAUAGUCAGGGCUGUGUGUCUACAAUGACCAUAUUAAUGAUAUCUUCAUGCAGUGAGCCGAGAGUAGUAAGAAAGCUGUCGACAGGGCAGUCUGAAGGCUCAGGUUUUGGCUAAAUUACUUGCACAUAUGCUGACCUUGCUUUUUUUUAUUUUAAUUUUUAUUAUUUGGGGUGUGUUUAAUAUGAGCAUCCAUCAAUGAACAGUACUGUAUAUAUACUAUGUGUGACAGAAAAUAAGGAAAAGCUCAAAUGGAGCUCUUUGCCACAAGCUAGAUUUUUUUCUUUGGUGGGGGGGAUUUAUAAAGAAAGUGACCCAAAUUAAAAUUUGAUGAGUUCUUGAAAUCCUCAUGAAAUUCAGCUUAGUAUUUUCUGCAUAAUCUUGCUGAGGCAAUGAUUACAUAUGUUCAAUACAAAAUACAGAAGGUGGCCUUUAGCCAUUAAUAAUCACUGAAUGAUUGAUUUUACAAUUAACAUAAUUGUGCAAAGGUAAUAGAAAGGUAUUUGUCAUUCCCUUCUUAGGAGGGGAUGCUGAAUCUGUCCAACGAGAUCAGGCGAAGUCAGAAUUAUGGAAUCUUAAGGGGACUGAGAAAGCUGCUUUCUUACAUUCUUAGAUAUGAUAUGGAUCAAGUGCAGUGAUCCUGCUUUGACCUGAAACAUAAAUAAUGCAUAUCGAAGUUGCAACCUCUGUAUAUGUGUGUAUGUACUAUUUGAUGCUCUUUCUUUCGCUUUGAUUGUUUUAUAUUUGCUCUUUUUUUUUCUCCUCCUCACAUCUCCCACCCCAACAUAUACUCACACCCAGUCAAAGGUGAGGAGUCUGUAUAUUUGUGAGAUAUGUUUUAAUGUCUAAUUUCUCUGAAGAUAGUCGGUGCUUAUGUUUAUAACUGAGUAGAGUUAUCGGAAGUGUUGUUGUAGACUCCAUUUAUUCACAUCUAACUGUCACAUAACUAUUUUAUGUCGCAUUUGAAGAAAGAAUCGAUGAUUUGCUCUAAAACUGUGGAUGUUUGUGGGCAGUGUGUGUGUGCGUGUGUGUGUGUGUGUGUGUGUGUGUGUGUGUGUGUGUGUGUGUGUGUGUGUAUACAUGUGUAUGGUUGUGAGCGCUGCAGAUGUGGCUUUGAAUGUGUUGUUUUUUCUCUUAUCCCCUGUAGUAGAAAUUAGAUUUUAUAUAUAAACAAAAAAGGAUAGUAAUUUAUCUAUUAUCUAAAGAACAUGUAAUUUAUUUGCUGUUUUGAGGAGCUGUAGCAAUUUUUUGUUACCACGAGAGAUUAUCAGAUUGUUAUUUUUCAGUAUACAGACAAUUUUAUCAUGCAAAAACAGAAAACGGUGUGGAGAAGUUGUUAUCUCAAAGCUUAAUUUUAAAUAAAAUGGAA